CGGCGACGGUAGCCGUGCGAUUCGGCACGGUGUUCUCCGUCGAUCGUUCGGACUAUCGAUCAAACGUCGUCGCGACUUCGUGUGACAGUGGUGAUCUGUGUCCCGGUUGUUCCCGUCGAGAUCGCGGCUCCGCGAUCUGCCGUACGCCGAUCGCGAGUAUGCAGUGUCAUGUCCGUGCCGUUCGAGAAUCCGCUUCCUUUUGGCACCGAGGUUAAACAUUAAUGCCGCACGAGACGAGUUGUUUCGGAGCUAGUUCGGAGAUGAGCACGGAUAUGUAAUUUACGAUGACGUACCGUGGUGAAUGCCGUAGUGUGCAGUGAAUAUGUGGUAAACAAUUGGCAUUUGCUUCACCAAUCCAUGUGCACGAGUCAGGCUCGAGCGAUAACACGAGUAAAUAAAUAAGUGUUUCGAUUAAGAAAGAGCGAUGCUGAAGAAGAAGACGGAUAAAACAGAAAAGUGAUCGGUUUCUGUAUCGUUAGAAUAGAGAAUGAGUAGAACCUUGCAUCGUACGCUAAUCAUUAUAUACGAAAAGAAAGAUAAUAAGCUAUCGUAAUCAGAUUCAUGCUCCUUUUAAUCGUCUAAAUAAAUUUCUAUAGUUGUUAUAAUGACGCGACGCGUUUUAACAUAAGCGCAUAGUACACGCUCAAAGUUGAAAAAUAGACGAAAGUUAAGCAGUGAAACAUUUCUCGAGCCGGUUUCGGUGAACGGUGCGUUCUUCAAGAUCCGUAACAGAUCAUCCUGAAGACGAUUUAUCGCAAAUUGGCAAUUAAAUCGUCCCCUGGUUAUCACGUUUCUCACCUCGGAAGAUCGAAGCAAACACCGAUGCAAGUGCAAGUUAGUGCGUCCUAUGCGCAGUAAGCAACAAGCGUUGGCACACCUCGAGGAAGAUUUGCGCCAACCGCAGUUGCCCAACUCCAGCAAUCUGCAGCUCGGCAAUCACCUUCAAAAUUUGGUCCACGCGAGCAAAGAGCUCUCGACCGUGAAGACGAGGCCGACGACACCCGUCCUGGCGAACGACGGAGGGGGCGGCUUCUGGCUGGCCACAGUGGCCGCGGGGGCGAGUACCCCAGCCGGGCUGCCCCCGCACGGGACCCAUCAUCCAGCCAUGGACCCGACAUGCGGAUCCGCCGAAACCGGCUUUAUCAACAGCCAGCCCUCCAUGGCCGAAUUUAUGACGGCAUUGCCGCAAUUAGCCGGGGACAGCAGCCUGCAACAUUCACCGGGGACCGGUGGAUCCAUCAGUCCUGGCGCUCAUCAUCCCGCAUAUCACACUAUGAUGGAUCCCCAUGGUGUCGCUGACCCUUCAGGUGUCAAUGUUCCUGAGUAUCCUUGGAUGAAGGAGAAGAAAACCACUAGGAAGAGUAACCAGCAGGAGAAUGGCUUACCAAGAAGAUUGCGAACGGCCUACACGAAUACCCAACUUCUCGAGCUGGAGAAAGAGUUUCAUUUCAACAAGUAUCUUUGUCGACCGCGAAGGAUAGAGAUCGCAGCAUCACUGGAUCUUACAGAGAGACAGGUAAAGGUUUGGUUUCAAAAUCGGCGAAUGAAACACAAGCGGCAAACGCUCAGCAAAGAAGAUGGCGACGAAAAGGACGGUUCUACGUCGGACGGCAUGGAGAAGCCUAAAGGCGACAAAAUGUUAUCCCCCGACAACGAUGAGAAGAAGAGCUGUCAUAACUGUGAUAUUUCGGGCGUAAGUGAUGUCGGUAGCACUCUAACCGGCGACGUUACCGAUCUAACUUCUUCCGGCCGAAGAAGCAGCAACAACAACAAUACACCUGGUGCGACUAAUAAUAAUAACAACAAUAACAGUAAUACCGGUUUCAACACAAAUAGCAACGGCGCCAGUAGCGUCGGCAGCACCAACAGCGUCUCCAGCUCGUUCGAGAAGAUGAUAGUGGACGAUGAUUCAAGGUCGCAGGAUGGGAGCGAAGUGACAUCACCGAGCGUGACGAAAAAAUUGUCGGGCGAGGUGAGAGUGAAGGUCGAGAGCGAUCACAAGAGUCCGAACGCCGCGAAGCAGCAACAGCAGCAGCAGCAGAUAUCGGUGAGCAAGAAAUCGCCAUCGGCCAGCGGGAAGGAUAUGUGCUCGGUUAACAGCAACGGCGUAUUGCUGGCCAUGCCGGACUCGACGGUCAGCACGCCGGUUCUGCCCGGUCAGAACUCCACGAGAAGUCUUACGCCCUCCUCGACACCCGGCACCCCCGUCUCCGUCCAGCUUCAACAAGGCAGCCCCCUCGGUAUUCAGCAAACGACUCACGCGGCUUACAUGCAGAGACCACGUAGCUCACCGUCCUCCACGACCGCGUUGCCGGCACCGAUAUUGCAUGCCACGGCAAAUCCAGGCACGAUGUCGCCUCAUGGCGGUCGAGGCAUCUCGGGUAAUCAGCAGGCGCACUUUCAGCAGCAGGGUGUCUAUCAGUCGACACCGGCUGUCGAUUAUCGAAACGGCGUGCCCGCCAACAGGCAGAACAUACCUACAGCGACGCAGCAGACGCAAUCGCAAAAUAGUUACUGCUCCCGGGACGCGUAUCAGCAACCAAGGAUCUCUUAUCCGGGUGAGGUGAAUUCUCUGUACGUCAGACAAAACCAGUCGGUGGGCUCAAGGAUGACGCAUCACGCUCGAACAACGACGUGCGCGACGUCAAGGUCGAUGUACGGUGCCGCCAACAUGCAGCAGUUUCAUCAGCAGCAACUGCAGUACGGCAGCACCGGAGAAUACAAUGGAUACCCGCAGGCUGGGCCGCCUUAUCACGCUUAUCAUCGAGGUAUGCAGAGUGCCGCCAAUGCCUAUGGCACCGGUCAAGGGUACUCGGCGACGCAGAACGAGCAAGGCACAAACGACUACAUGACGCCCGGGAAUUACUCAGGUUACUCUGGCGGCAGUUAUCACGGCGGGACCGGCGAGAAUCUGGCGACGCACGGCCACGCCGUCGUCCCCGGUCAACACGGUUACUUCAACGACAUCCAGCAACAGCAGCAACACCCGCAGCAACAUACCGCCGAGAGUUACGUCACCCAUCAGCCGCCGAUGCAUCCCAGUUCCGGUGACUAUCGGCCAAGCGGCAGCAAGUGUCAUCCGGGCGCGUAUUACGAGCAGACCGGUCAGCUGCACGUUCAUCAGGGAGGGGAGGCAUCCAGCAUCCCCAACAGCUACGUCUCGUCUCCCGAUCCGUUCCCCGCACCAGGCAUGACGACGACGGCGACGGCGAUCGCGGCUGCCACUGCUGCAGUUAUCACGCCACCCGGGAGCACUGGCCAGACCGACAGUAACAACGAGUCUUACGGCAAUUACGGCAAUUUCUACGGCGAUCCGGUACACUCAGCAGCGACGGCGGCACCGCCGCCACCGUCCGCCGACAACAGCAACAGCUCGUCCGACUUCAACUUCCUGAGCAAUCUGGCGAAUGACUUUGCUCCCGAGUACUAUCAGCUCAGCUGAGUCCACGAGACCGAGAGCUCUUGCCAGCUAGACUGGGGCGACGAGCAAUGCCUGCUCAAUGCUUUGUACUGAAGCACCACCUAAUCGUCGUGAUAAGAGCCGCGUGUAAGAGUCCACGUGAUACAUACAUUAGUACUCGUGAUUUAUUAGGAUUAUGUGUAAAUGAAUAUUGUGUGUAAAAAUGCAACUGUGUCGCGCAGAUUAAAGAUACCGUCAACAACGUGUGCGUCUAAACGUUAGGCACGUUUGACCUCGAUUAUUGAAAUAGUUUGAAAUCAUUUCUUUCGCGAAUUUGUGUCGGGAUUUAUUUCAAAACUAGCUGCGCUAAUCAAGAUUUAUGGGGGACUGAUUUAGAAUAAUUGUAAAUAUAAAACCUGAAAUAUAUGUGUGUGUGUGGGAUUUAAACUGAAGUUCGACAACUGCAAGCAUAUCUCAAAUAAUUCGGAUUACCAGGGAAAUUGUCGACUUUUCUCGGUUGCAAGUCUGGAUUAUAUUCCAUCUCUCGGUCCAUGUUAUAAAUAAAAUAUCGAUUUUAAUAUUUCUUACUAUCGGGCAGGAUGUCAACCUAUCAAUUUACAUUCCAAACGUUCAAGUAUGUUUCGGCAAAUUUAAAACAGUGGCAACGAGUGCAAUGGUUGUGUUAAUUUUAAAUUGAAGCGAGGGCAAAACAGAAUUCUCUCCCUUAUCUUCUAGAAUUUUUUAUAAACUGUGACUGUUUCAAAGUGAAUUUAUCGUCACCGUUUCGAUUCGCGAAACACUCUUAAUCGCAGGAGACGAAAAGUGUGACUUGUAAGUGAUAUUAGACUGAUAUAUAGCUGUGGAUUACAAACGUGCACGAGGAAUAAUGUAAAUAUGUCAAAAAGUUCGCUGUCGUGGGAUGAAAAUUUCGAUUUCCAGCGAUUCUCGUGAACGAAAACACGAGGUGUAAGUGCAAUCUCUUCUUGUGGCGUGGGCGGUCUCUACAUUAGCGUAUCUCGUUAGGGUGUUUGAAAACUAGAACGUAUAAAUUACUGAAAUACCGUUUUUUUUUCGAUUUCGAUAUAAUUUUAUUGGCAUUGGUUUGAUUCGAGCGUUUAAUCAUAUUUGAAAAUCUUGAAGAAAAAACUCGAAGAAGUUUCUCUAAAUUACGCACCUGCAGGUAUUUUAAUUUUCACAUGAUAAUCAAUAACGCGAUAAACGAGAGAUUAUACUUGAUUUCAAACGAAACGAGACGAGUAGAUGCAUGAGCAAUAAUUAACAAUGACACAACGUGUACAUAUAUAGAUAUAUCAUAUGAAAGAUAUGCUAGAUUAAUGGAACACAAACAAAUAAGAAAAUCGCAUUUAUACACAGUUACGAUUACUAUACCGAGUACACUUCUGAAAAGUGAAAUAGGUACAAUUCGUUAGUUUUAAUUAAACACAGGAAAUAGAUGUCUAUCUCUUUCUCUCUCUCUCUCUUUCUCUUCUCUCUCUUAUAAAAAUUAUCCUCUUAUUGAAUACGGAGAAUAGUUGAAAUCGGUCACUAUUGCGAGAAAAGACAAAUGCACCUGUAAAAACUUUACCUGCGCCAUUCGUUUUGUGAAAAAAUGAAACGAAUCUGUAAAAUUAACUCGGAUCGAUAUGUUGCUCCACGUGGAUAUAAUGUUAUUUGAUGACGUUGGAACACAUCGUUGAGCAAUAUAUCGAGUGAUAAUCUACAUCUCUCCCUACGAUGAGGAGUGUAAUGUAAUAUCUAAUACCUAUUAAAUAUAUAUUAAUACAUAUAUCGGUUGCAUUAUCUCAUUUUUUCACAAACCGCAUUUCUUUUGUAAUAUCUAGAGCGCUAUUUUAAGCGAACCAAAUAAAUUAUUGUCACUCACACGGUAGAUAAUUGUAAAAGUAAAAAAAAAAAUAGAUAGGAACGUAACUUUAAUUUUCACCUCGCGGCAACAUAUUUAAUAUACGCAAAUCUUUUUGUAUAAAACAUUAUAGGCGCCGUCGUUGUUCAUAUAAAGAUUCUCAUGUACAUAAUGCGCGUACGAUAACCGUAUAUUGUUUAUUCAUUCUUAACUAUAUAAUUGUGUUGCAAGUGAGCCCUCGACACGGUAUAAACAAAAGUUAUCAUCACACGUGUACAUUCACUCACGGAUACAUUUGACAAAUACAGGUCA